GCGCAUAUUAGCUUAGCUGGACACGGUAAUGUUAGCUGUGUAGCUCCACAUAAAAGAGAACAAAUGACUACUAUAGGGAAUACAAAUCUGUCCAGAAACUGUCCACUCUGUGAAGUGACACCGUGAAAAUGCAGAAAACUCUUCUAUUAAUCUGUCAACUCAUCGCUCUGGUGGUAUCUGAUGAUCCGCCUGCACCGCCACAGGACAUCCGUGUUGAUAACUGGGUGCUUACGUGGACUCCUUCCUCCACAGAGAGAAAUGUCACAUACACUGUUCAGUAUAGCCAAUUUGACGCAAACAAGUGGCUAAAUGUCAAAUCCUGUGUCCACACAUCUCUGAACUCCUGUGAUGUCAGUUUCACUAAACUGGAAGCUCUGUAUGGCUGUGUUAGGAUACGGGUGUUGGCGGAAAGAAAUGGGCUGAGAUCGAAACCAGUUGAGGCUUGCAACAGACAAGGUGACUCCUGUACCCCUAACCUCAGUCUGACGGCACGACCAGGAUAUUUAGCUGUUCAUCUGAGUCGGGACCAUAUUUUGGCUAAGGAGAAUGGAGACCACGCGGGAUACAGGGUCUGCUACGGCAAAGAACAGCAGUCACUGAAGGACUGUAAAGACUCUCCUUCCACUCUGACCAUCCACGACCUGGAGGAAGGACAGCGAUGCUGUGUACAAGCGCAGUACACCAACUUCAACAAACGUGUAGGACUUCCCAGCUGUACUAAGUGUGAGGACAUUCCUAAUGCAGGAGCAACAAACACAGAGAGGGGGAUAAUAGCGGGCGUAGUGGUGUCCUUCACUGUGCUUGUUCUCAUAAUUUUGGCGUACGUCCUCAUUUUCCAGCGACAGAGAAUCAAGCGCUUUCUGCAGCCUCCAGUCCAGAUGCCAGCCAACUUGCUCUGUUCCAUCCACCACAUCCCUCUCUCUCCCAUCAGUGAUGAGGAAUGUGAUCCCAUUUCUGAAAUCGUCUUAACAGAAGUCAGAAAAGACUGAAUGCUCUGCUACUUGAUGUCGGCUCCAUUUGCAGCUUUGGCGUCUGAACGCUGACCUGACACCAACACAUUUACAUGGAUGAUGCACCUUCAAAUGAGAUGUUACUGUGGAUUUUAAGGAACCAUCAGACGGUGGAAAGAUAAAGUACAUUUAGCUGCACUCAUCGGUGAAAUGAAAAUGGAGCCAUGAAAAGACUGAAUAAUCAGACAGAGGAUGGACUCCGUGCUGCAUUAAUGUCCAAACCCUUAUUUGGUUUAACAGCAUUGGAAAAAGAAAAUCUUCACUGACCAGUAAAGGUGUGUAUGUGCCAAUUUACAUAAAAUAACCAGAUCAAACCAGUGCACAAAUAAUUAAGCCUUAUUUGCACCUUUUGAUGUAACACAAAAGCCAAAACAGGAACUCGAAGACAGAACAUGAUUCAGAAUACUCAUAAAACUCUACAUUUUGUGUGCAAUAUCAACAAAUUAAGAAAAAAACAAUAUUCUCUGGAUCUAAGUGUUUUUAUUAUGGCCAUAGUGACAGGGAAACGUACUGUUUCAGGAAAAAGUCACAUUUCAAGAAAAAAUUACAGAAAAAUUGUAGUAUUAUUAGAAUGAAUCUGUAAUAUUGAGGGGAAGAAGUUGUAUUAUUUUGAGGAGGAAAAAUCAGUAUUACAUGAAUAUAGACUGGCAAACUGUUACUUCAAUUAAGUUGUAAAACUUUAAGAUAAUUCAUAAUAUUAUGCGACUACUACUUCUAUUACUAGCUAGAAUAUUAAAAAAAAAGUCUUAAUAUUAUCAAAUUUAAACUGCUCUACAUACAGAACAGAAUAAUGAGUAAAGAUAGAAUAUUCUGAGAAAAGAAAUAUCAUGAGAAGUGAAGUUUCCAUUUUAUAAAUGUGAAGUUUCUUAAAGGGGUUAUAUGUCAGUCAAGUUUGCUAAAUUCACUGUUUGUGGAUCCACAUCUUAGACUAUGUUCAGACAGCAGGUCUUAGUGCACAAUUCAGGUUUUUUUUUUUUUCAUGAAAUCCAAUUUUUUGUGUGCUCUUUUAUAUUACACAUUAAAUGGGACUUCUAUCAGUUUUGAGUAUGAACUCAAUGUGACCCUGAAGUGACCCGCAUGCGCAAAAGAGGUCCUGACGUAAAACGCGACAACACAGGCACACACUGCUUUUACGGAAGUAACUCUCCUGGGACCCAAAAAUGUGACGUUUGUCACAUUUCAAUGAUGUAAAGGUCGGAUAAAGGUGACCUGGCCCUUCAGAUUGAAGUGGCAUUGCAAAAUAUCAGAUCCAUAUCGGAUUUAGGACCACAUAUGAAAGUGGCCUGGGUUGGAUUUGAAAAAAUCAGAUUUGUACUGUUCAAACUGUCUUUAAUGGAUCGGAUACAGGUCACAUAUGAGGGAAAAAAAAAUCAGAUUUGGACCACAUUUGCCUGCAGUCUGAACGUAGCCUUAAACAAUUCUGAAAUUUGUUUGUAUGAAUCCGAACACAUCUUUAGUGCAGUUAUUGACAACACAAACCCUACAGAAAGCAGGUGAUUUGUGGUUUUACUGUGGCUGUUUUCUGCCUAAAUACAGAACUCAGCUAACAGAGCUAUAAUGUAAAGAAUCAGCGGAUGCGACACAUGAAGAUAAUACACUGAUUUUUUUUUUGACCAACUGAAAAUAACAGGCUGAGAGUUUUUGUUUUGAGAAAAAAACUUGAUACCAUAAUAGAGAUGUGGCUAAACACUGAGCUUUAUACUUUAUUCAGUGAGUGAUAUAGACUGUGGAUACGUAGCAUUGAUUCGUCGUCUUAAGUGUGUUCUAUGGAAUAUCAAUACUACAUAUAACCUCUUUAAUAGAACUUAGCAUUAAAUAAGAAGGUAGUAUCAACAAAGAAUAUUUUAAGGAUUUUGACUGUCUGCAUUACAUUACAACUUUAUUCUCUCAAUAUUUUGACUCUGUUCUUAUAAUAUUACAACUACUGAUUCUUGUCAUUCUCAGCAUGGCCCCAACAGUCCUUUGUACUAGAUAUACAAAGCACCAGUGUUAAGUUACUUUAAUGGAAUGAGUGUGAUAUUUAGUCAGACAUAUUGCCCACUCACCCACAUGGCCUAUCAACGGUCUCUCUGCUGUUGGAAAAUGUCUUCAGACAGCUGGAUACUAGGUCACCUUUUACCUAAAUAUGUCUUUAAGUCAUUAUUUUACUGGUCUGGCCCGCUUCAGAUCAAAUUGAGCUAAAUAUGGCCCCUGAACCAAAAUGAGUUUGACACCCCUGGUCUAGUGGAUUUAUGUGACCAUUAGAGGGAGUAGUGGGUCUCCCAUGGUGAUGAAAACUGAAAACUAACACCAUGGCGCAUUUUUCCAAAGCUGAAGGAAAGGAAAUGGCAUGAGAACCAAGAGUCAAAAUGACAAAGUAGUAGAAGUGUCAGCUGAUAGUUUACAUUCUAGCUCUGUUAGCACCAGCCACAGUAAAACCACAAAUCACAUCUGUUUUCAGUACGGUUUGUGUUGUCAAUAACUGCAUUAAAGAUCUGUUUGGAAUCGAACAAACAAGGUCAGAACGGACACACUUUAGUCUGAACCAUAGAUCAACAAACAGCAUCUUAAAGACAGUAACAUCCCAUAAUAAGUUUAUCUCUUCUCAUAAUCAAGCUCACCUGUGUAGAAGAAAGGCUGUUAUUUCAUCAUCAAACUCUAUUAUUUCAUUCAGAGCUGUAUCCAGUGGUGAAAACAACAGCUUUUAUUACUUUGACUCUUAAUAGUUGCAUCUUCAUUACACUGGGUUACAAAAAAAUGUUUUUUGCAAGUUGUCUAGGUUUUUUCAACUGAAUUAGGACCAUUUUGCACCGCUAAAUCCAAAAAUGACAUCUGUUUUUCUCAAUCAGGUCAGGUU